AUGAGCACCUCGGUGGCUGUGAGCGCGAGCGGCGGCGGCGGCGGAGGUGGUGGUGGUGGUGGAGGAGGCAGCGCCGGCGCCGGAGGAGGAGGAGGUGGAGGGCCGUGCGGGGCGUGCAAGUUCCUGCGGCGCAAGUGCGUGCAGGGGUGCAUCUUCGCGCCGUACUUCGACUCGGAGCAGGGGGCGGCGCACUUCGCGGCGGUGCACAAGGUGUUCGGCGCCAGCAACGUGUCGAAGCUGCUGCAGCAGAUCCCGGCGCACCGCCGCCUCGACGCCGUCGUCACCAUCUGCUACGAGGCCCAGGCCCGCCUCCGCGACCCCGUCUACGGCUGCGUCGCCCACAUCUUCCACCUCCAGCACCAGGUGGCUGGCCUCCAGACCGAGCUGAACUACCUGCAAGCCCACCUGUCGGCGAUGGAGCUGCCGUCGCCGCCGCCCUAUGCCGCCGGGCCGGCGCCGGCGCCACCGCCGCCACCGCAGCCGCUGAUGCCGAUGACGGCCGCCGCCAGCUUCAACUUCUCCGACCUGCCGUCGUCGUCGUCCAACGUGCCGGCCACCGCCGACCUUUCCGUCCUCUUCGACCCGCUGCCGAUGGCGCAGCCCCUGUGGCCCGGGGUAUUCCAGCAUCAGCACCACCACCACCAGCACCCCUACGACCGGAUGGGCGAUGGCUCGUCCAGCAGCAGAGGCGGCGACGACGACGGCAGCGACGGCGGCGGCGACUUGCAAGCGCUGGCGAGGGAGCUCCUGGACCGCCAUGGCCGGUCGGCGUCGAGCUCCAAGCUGGAGCCUCCACCUCACACACAUUAG